CCGGUCAUGUGACCAUUUCCCAAGCGGAGUUUCCACGACAGCUGGAAGCCGAGCGGCAGAGACACAUCGCUUCUUUGCAAAAUAAUAAGAAAUAGCAGGGACUAUCCUCGUUUCGGCGCCUCUAAAUAAACCCUGGUCUGGCAUGGGCGACAAGAGGAGUCCUACAAGGCCGAAGCGUCAACCGAAGCCCUCCUCCGACGAGGGGUAUUGGGACUGCAGCGUGUGCACGUACAAGAACACGGCGGAGGCUUUUAAGUGCAUGAUGUGCGAUGUCAGGAAAGGGACAUCAACAAGGAAGCCUCGUCCCGUCUCCCAACUGGUCUCCCAGCAGCAGGUGACACAGCAGUUUGCAUCACCCACGCAGCCCAAGAAGGAGAAGAAGGAGCGAGUGGAGAGGGAGAAGAGCGACAGAGAGCCGGCACUCAAGAAGAACAGUCAUAAGAAGAUGAGGCCGAGGUUAAAAAACAUCGACCGGAGCAGCGCCCAGCACCUGGAGGUGACGGUGGGCGACCUGACAGUCAUCAUAACGGACUUUAAGGAGAAGGCCAAGCCCUCGUCCACCUCGGCCACGUCCUCCAGCGCUGCGUCAAUGGCAGCAGACCACCACAGCCAGAACGGCUCCAGCUCAGAAAACACAGAGAAGGGGCUCUCCCGCUCCUCCUCGCCCCGAGGGGAGGGGACCUCUGUGAAUGGAGAGUCCCACUGAACCGCCCCGCUCCAACCCCCACCCCACCCACACACACCCCACACACCCCGCCCUGUCUCCUCUGCACUCUCCAGGCCCUGAACCGCUGGAGGACUCACUCAUCCCUGCCAGAGGGCUGCACGCAGUUGACAAAAACAAAACAUUCAGAUCCCAUUUUUAUUUUUAUUUUUUUUCUGCAUAUUGAUUGCAAUAAGAGUUGUGAUACAUUUGAACAGAUUUGUCAUUCAUCAGAGUCUUAAAACGUCUGGGAAUGUGUUGUUUGGUACACAGAAAACAACAUGUCAGUGCUUAUGAUUUGGCCCGUUCGAAGGUUUUCCACAGCACUGGUAUUCCUCAUUUCGAAAGCUUUCUGAAUCGCCUUUCCCUUUGGAAAAGAAAAUGCACCACCAUGGAAGCUGAUCCAUACUUUCAUUUUGAAAUGAAUAAUGAAAUUACAUGACAUAAUAAUGAAAUGUGCAGCCCUGCCCUUCUUAGCAUCAUCGACUGCCAGCAGAGUGAGCUGUCCUUCCUCCAUGUUGAGUUUUCAGCCUCCAUCUGGAAUCUUCACCUCCCCGUUUUCAUCCCGCAACACCCUCUAACCGCACUCCCAGUGAUUCUACGCUGAACUUUGAACUCCCAAAUACCUCCAGCAAACCUUCACUCCUGACCCUGAUACUCUAAGCAUUAAGUUCUGGACUGAUUGAGCUAUAGAACUUAGAGCAAUUAUUACGUUUUUAUUUUGAUUGUUUUUUCCGCUGCAUUAGCGCUGUAUCCAUACUGGCAUCGUUUUGUGUUUUUCUAUUAUUUUUUUGUGCAGUUCGGCUUGGUGCAGGUAGGUGAGUGUGCUGGUAAGACACCUGAACAUACUUGGAACCAGCUCACCAUUGGUUUACAGGAUAAUAUCGGUGUUUAUUUGUUUGUUUUUUAAGUUUGUGCCAAUCAUGCAAGUGGCCCCUCUCCUUGACAUUAUUCCUGGUGGUGUCUGCACACAGUUAGCACAGUUGGAUAUAUCAGCGUUUGUUUUUCCUGCUGUUAAAAGAAGUCAUUAAUUUUUGUACAGUACAAUUAACAGCCUUCACAGGCUCACAGGACACAUUUUUUUCUCAGUGUUUUUGCUUUAUCUUUAUUUUAUUGCACUCAAGGUGACGGUUUCCAUGUCAGUGCAUGCAUUCCAAAGUCUCUUACUGGACCAGAGCUUAUGUCAGCCUCUCUGAUUGGAUGAGCAAGGCUAGAGGAAGUGCAUGCCGCGAUGUAAACAUGAUGUAAACAAACCUUUUCAUCAUCCUUUGUGAUUAACUUAGGAUCAGCUCACUGCCAGUCGACACCUGCAGGGAGAAAUGGAAAAUGGAAAGAGAAUGGAAAUAAUCCCUCCGAAACAUGCCGCCUCGCAGACUUAAAAGUCACAUCCAUGUCUUUGCAUUUGUGGCAUCUUUGUUAUCUGGGACAGCGGCUAACGAGUGAAUGUUUUGAAAAAUGUAAUUACAUAUAGCGUCGCAAAACGCUCGGGGAAAUGUAAACUAGAUCCAGACAGCAGGAAAGGGGCCGCAGCUCUAAAAACGACACCGAUAUUCUCCUUUUAAUCUGUUUCUCCUGCACAAACGGAGCCACACCUGCUCAGCGUCCCAACGGGAGAACAAAAGGGUGCUGAUGUUGCACUGCACUCACAGAGGGCCCAGUAUGAGUACAGCACCGCGCUAAUGCAAUGGAAAAAAAGAAAAAAAAAAACAAAAAGAAAAACUAAUUGUCUUGAAGCAAAGUUUUGACUUCCGGACAUGCACAUUUAGUAGCUGUAUAGGUUAUGGCUUGCAAUACGAUGGACUUCAGAAACUGUUGAUAUUCCUCCACUUCAGUGUAGAGCAGAGGAGGAGCUUUUGGAAUACACUAAACUCCUGGCAGAGCAACUUUAGAUCAGCCUAACUAAACAACGACUUUUAAAAACCUGUAGAAUAAUACAAAUGUUAGACAAACAGGAUAUUUCUCGAUCUAUUGUACUAAAAUGUUUUAAUGUGGUUGUAUUAUACAUCAAACCAGUGUUAUUGUCAAGAUUUUUACUUUAUAACAGUUUAGGACAGUUCCUGAGGGCUGUCAUGGCAUGAUAAUAUAUGGUCCUGAUAUAUGUAUUGUGGGACAGGCUGUGUCUCUUAGUUUGUAAGUAUCAUUAAAUGUGUUAGAGACAUUAUUCUCAUAGGUUCACUAUGCUAGCUGGGACUAGGUGUGUGGACUCACGAGAGCUGUUUGGAGAGACGUUUGUUAUCGGUUGUGUCAUAAAUGGAGAGACACUGUUAUUAUUGGUUGACAAUGCAUCAGCAUCACUUGUUCAUAAAGGUUUGCAUCUUUUGUUUUGAUUCGCCAUGCGCUCUUGUUUCAACUGUGUGGAUUGGUUUAUAACAUGAAUAAGAAAAUAAUGAAAUUAUGGCUUUCA